AUGAAUGAUUCAAAACGAAAAUUAUUGGAUGGAUCGUCUCAGAGACGACGACAUACUGGGACGACGUAUGAUCUUCGAAGACCAAAGCCAGGAUAUGUAAAUCCCGUUGGAGGGACGCUAACGGAUCCAUUGAACGUGAAGGGAGGCCAUAAGGAGCAGAAGCCAAGCAUUCAAAAGGUAUGUUAUAUCUUUUCACACUUAUUUAGUCUCCAUUGCACUAAAGUUUGUUUUACAGCGCAAAUUCUCUUCUAAAACUUUGAUCAAAAAGAAAUCCGAACCCAAAACUCAGGAUGCUGGAGAGCGAAAAGAACAUCGACAGCGAAUGAAGGAGAAAUACAAGUACGGUAACUUCAAUUACUUCCAUCGAACUCUUCAUCCUUUCUACACUGAUGGGAGGACAACUUUUAUGUGCGAAGACUGGUUUCACGGGAAGGAUGUGUUAGACAUCGGAUGCAAUGCAGGGAACCUGACAUUGUCAAUUGCAAGAGAAUUUGAACCGAGCUCGAUAUUAGGAGUUGACAUUGAUCCGCAUUUAAUUGCCGCAGCGAGAAAAAACAUCCGGCAUUUUUAUGACAAGGAUGUUAAAGUGAGUGCUUUUAUUAUUUUUAAUUGCGUUUUAUUUGUUUUUAGUAAAGAGUUCAUUUAGGUAGUGAACAGAUUUCCUGCUUCAUUUGCCCUCCGGUUUGGUCCCAUCUGCCUCCCUCCUACUGCAUCCACUACUUCGUAUCCCAAUAAUGUCUGGUUCCGGCAGGAAAAUUAUGUUCUUACAGAUGACAGUCUUCUGGAUACUGUAAGACAUUACCGAAUAGUUUUUGCAUUUUUUUUGUUAUUGAAUUUUUACGGUAUUGGGUAUAUGUUUUAGGUAAAGCCGGAAUAUGAUGUCAUACUCGCUUUUGGAAUCACUAAAUGGAUUCAUUUGAAUUCGGGAGAUCAGGGAUUGAAACGGUUCUUCAAACGGGUAUUCAGACAACUGAAACAAGGAGGCCUCUUCAUAUUGGAACCUCAGAGUUCCACUGGAUACAAGAAAGAUUCCAAAAUCAACGAAAAGAUUGAAGAAAACUACAAGAACAUAAAGAUGUGGCCAGAACAUUUCAAGGAUUACCUCACCUCAGAGGUCGUCGGAUUUGCAAAUUGCGAUUUUCUGGAAACACCAUUGGUUUCAGCAUACGGUAAGUAUUAUAAAUGAGAAUACAGAAGGUAUUGUUGUAGGUUGCGAUGCUCCUAUUUUACUACUGUAUAAGGACCCCAUUGAAUGUGAUGCAAUGGAAACCAACGAUUAUCGUCUACAAUUCUCGAAUGAUUUCGAUUUCAUCGAGACUCCGGAACACGAUCCCUCUCAAGAAUCUGAUGGACUUUAA